AUGCUGCCAGUUAUAACAGUGAAGAUAUCUGGAAAGAACAAUCGACACAAACAAGGGAACAUUCCACUCGACUCUGGAGCACAAAUAAGUCUGAUUUGUACAAGUACAGCAAAGAAUUUGGAUUUAAAGGGAAAGGAUGUUUCGAUAACUAUUAGAAAAGAGGGCGGUGAAGAAGAAAUGUUGGCGACAAAAUUAUAUCAAGUUCCCAUUACGUCAUUGGAGUCUGGUGCGAAGUUCACAGUCAAAGCUGUUGGAAUUCCACAUAUUAGCAAUGACAUUUCAAAUAUCAAUAUUGGUGAAAUGGCAAAAGGAAUUGGAAUCCCUGAAGUGAAAAUUUACCGAGAAUGUGGCUCAAUCGAUAUGCUUAUUGGGAUUGAUCACGCUUAUAUGCAUACUGGAGAUUCAAAGAAAGUUGGUAACGUUGUUGCGUGA